UCGCACAGCCAUGAACUUCAGUGACGACCCCUUGGCAGAUCUGCUUAGCGACAAUAGUCUGGAAAAUGACAGUUUCUUCGAUAAUCCGGUGGGCAAAAAACCAGCUAAUCGUAUAGGCAAGAAUAAAAAUAAAUUGGAUGAUUUAUUUGGAAUUAAAGAAGAAAGUGAAGUUUCAAAGCAGUCAGUUCCAAAAACACGUCAGCCGCAAUACACCAGCACGACAAAUGUUAGUAGCACAACGCGCAAAGAUCUGCCCCAAGACGAUGAUGAUGAUUUAGGUUUCGAUCCACAAAAACCAAAAGCUGGCGGUAAGCUAAAUUUGUUGGACGAUUUGCUUGCAAGUUCCGGCAUUAACGAACCAAAACGUCCCGCGACCGCGCAACCAACAACUGGGCGCCGCGACACAGAAAAACCAGCUAUUUCGCGACAAUCAACUGAAACUACCACCGACACCUCAAAUGUUCUCCUGACACAACCCCGUCCGAAAACAUCAGCUGGCCGUCGCAGUUCAAGUACUUCGAAUGCCAUGAAUACCGAUCCUCUGGGUCUUUUUGGUCCACAAUCUAAAGAGCGUGACAAAGAGCCCUCCACUUCUGGCUUAUCAACGCCAAAGGCCAGAAAACGUGGCACCACCGCAGAUUGGCUUGGUUUGAGCACGGAACCGGAAGUCGUGGACAAGGCUGACAUUUUACCAGAUUCAUCACUGCACACAUCGAAGCAGCCAACAACAACAUCGCUUACAACAACUGCCAGCACAGCUAGAGAAACUAUGGACAUUUUAAAACUACCUGAUAAUGAGGCGCCUCCACAAGCAGAACAGCAUACGCUGCGCGAGGAAAUGCUAGCUGUGCCACAAUUUACGCCUUCGGCGGCAGCGGGUUGCAGCACUGCGCAAAAUAUACUCCUACUCAAUACGCACAAUAUGGAAAUGAAAAACGCUUUCACGGCAUUGCAGCAGCAGGAAUCACAAUUAGCAUUGGCGGCACAAAUGAAAAAUCAAGAGCGCGCUUUGCUGGAAAUGCAGCGUAAACAAGAAGCGCUACUGCAGCAGCAGGAGCGACAAUUUCAGGCGCUUAUGCAACAGCAGCUUCAGCGUCAACAACAAAUGGAGGAGCAUAUAAAGAUGCAGCAGCAACGCAUUAACACGCACAUUCAACUGCUGAUGUCGCAACCUGCGAUGCUAGCGCCAAUGUCCUCAGUACCACCACCACCGAUAACGGCUGAUACGCUGGGUGAACGCGUUGGCUCACCAGAUGGCACGCCAGAUAAGUCCGAUGACGCGCGUGGUGUGUUGGCAGAUCGGCGUGGCCACGGCGGCAGCCGUAGUCGCAGCCAGAGUCAGAGUAGACCUGUUUCACCGCGGGAGAUUGCGCUGGAAACUGUACAACUAGAAGCUGAUGUGAAGCGCUUGGAGUUGGAAAAACUGCGUUUGGAGGAAUUAGUGGCAAAUCAAAAGGUGAACUACGAGCGUGAAAUAGAGUUAAUUGAACGUUCAUACAAGAAGCAGAUUGAAGUGCUCGAGAACCAUACGCAGUCGAUGGAAACACGCCUAAAAGCAGAAUUGGAUGAGCUUUCAAAGCAUUAUACGCAAAAGCUCGACACGUUAGAUAGCGAAAAACAGCGUAUUAAAUCAAAUUACGACGCUGAUUUUAGCGCGCUGAAGCAGGACCACGAGGAUGAACUGCGUAAGCUAAAGAAAUCCCAUGACGACGACUUAGAGAUGCUAAGGGAAGAGCAUCGCCGCAUGCUGGAAAAUGUGCGUCAGUCUAAAAUGCUCGAAUUCGCUGCAAUACAAGAGAAUGGCUCGUAUAUGGAGACGCUGAAGGCUGCUUCAAGUAAUCUAGAGAAUUUGAGUGACGGGCUGGAAGGUCUGCGCGAUGAAGUGCAAUCGCGUCUAGAAUUGCUGCAUAAAGAAAAAGAAAAGAAGCUGGAUGCACGCGAACGCCGACUUGAUGAUGCUGAACGACGCUUGAAGAUGAACGAAGAGUCCGCCGAGGAGGAGAAAAAGCGUCUUAUGAUGCUAGUUGGAAGCUUAGAACACCAAUUGACUAAACUUUCCAAAGACUCCGCUGAGGAAAACUGGCAACUACGCCAACGCAUGGCCGCACUUGAGGCCGAGAAGGCAGCAUUUGAGAAAGAGAAAGAGUUUGCGCGCGAACAAAUUGCGCGCGAUGAGAAACGCCUUGCCGACCUCAAAGAACAGCAGCUAGCUGAGUCGAAACGCGCGCUUGUUGAACUACAAGAAGAGCGCGCACGCCUCUACCUGGAACGUACCAAAAUCGAGACGGAACACAAGCUGAACUCUGGCUCGGAUGUGGAGAAACAACGCAUGGAAAUGGAUGCUGUUAUGAAGGUGGCACAAGAUGCAGCGCGUCAAGCGGAUGUUGAGCGUGAACGAUAUCACAAAGCUUUGCGCCAAUUAGAGCAACAAAAGCGCGAACUUAUCGACAAGGAGAACACUCUGCGCGCUAAAGAAGAUGAACUACAGCAGGAAAAUCUUUCAUUUCGUAUGGCUGAACAUAAGUCCCAAGAGGCGCAACAGAAAGCGCGUUCGGCCGAGCAAAAUUUCCAAAGGAAAAUACAACUGCUGCAGCAACGCAUGCGCGAACUGGGCGAGAAAGAGGUGAAUCUCUCACAAGAGCGCAUGGUGCUUACGCAGGAGCGCAUAGGAUUGCAGCAAUUGAAGACGCGUCUAUUGGAAAAGCGUUGCGCGCUAUGUAAAAUGGGUGAUCAGCGCGAAAAGGUGGUGCAAUUCUUUAGUAGCAAUGAUAAUGAGCUAGUUGCUAGUGAGGAAGGUGGGGGCGUUGGUGGAAGUGGCGUAGCAGGGGAUGCUUCCACGAAUCAGCGCGGUGUACAAGCGCUGCAGCAAAGCACAUCAGAUGAGCACAGAAUGCGUCACAUGCUGGAACAGGAAAAUAUUGUGGAUCGCAUGCUGGAUGAGAAUAUAGCCGAGUCGUAUCGCAAAAUGAGAGCGACAACAAGCAUGGAAUACUGGCCUGAGACGGUGUUGGACGAUGAUGCUAAGGAAAUGGCGUUGCAUAAUCUGGAUGGAGGUCUAUUGCGGUGAGGCGCAGAUGAUAUUUAGCC